GCAUCGAUAGGCGGCACUGCUGGGCACUGCCUGGCAGCACUGCUGGGCUGCACUGAUGGCCAGAGGUAGGUGGCACUGCUGGGCACAGGUGAGUGACACUGAUGGGCACAGGUGGGCGGCACUGCUGGGCACAGGUGGGUGGAACUGGUGGGUGGCACUGCUGGGCACCAAUCAGGGCACUGAUCAUCAGUGCCCUGAUGAUCGGUGCUGAUCCCUGCUCUGACAACUGCCGGUUCUCGGCAGUACUUUCCCCAGAUUCUGACAGUGUGAGGAACGUGCAGCCGAGAACCGGCAAUUGC